AUGACCCUGCGCUGCCGUAUUCCGUCCGGAAAGCCCGGCAACGCUAUAACAAUCGCCGGCAAAGGUAGCGUCAGCCGGAAAUUUCGCGGCAUUGGCUGUGGGAUUGUGUGUAAAGCGGUGUUUCUCGACGUGCCGACGGAGACUGAGGGCCUCAACAUCGCCGAAGAUGUUACUCAGCUUAUUGGGAAGACACCAAUGGUUUACCUGAAUAAUAUCGUAAAAGGUUGUGUCGCAAAUAUAGCUGCAAAGCUUGAAUUCAUGGAGCCAUGUUGCAGCGUGAAAGAUAGGAUAGGUUAUCGUAUGAUUUCUUAUGCUGAGAAAAGAGGGCGUAUAACUCCAGGAAAGACCAUAUUGGUUGAACCUACGAGUGGAAAUACGGGUAUUGGCCUUGCAUUCGUUGCUGCUUCAAAAGGCUACAAGCUUAUCCUGACGAUGCCUGCGUCCAUUAGUCUUGAGAGAAGGAUUCUUCUGAAAGCAUUUGGAGCUGAACUAGUUUUAACUGAUGCUGCCAAAGGCAUGCCAGGAGCUUUGCAAAAAGCUGAAGAAAUACGAAAAAAAACCCCAAAUUCAUUCAUGCUUAAACAGUUCGAGAAUCCUUCUAACCCCAAGGUUCACUUUGAUACCACUGGCCCAGAGAUUUGGGAAGAUACAAAAGGCAAGGUGGACAUACUUGUUGCUAGUAUUGGUACUGGUGGAACCAUUGCUGGUGUUGGUCGUUAUCUGAAAAAAUGCAAUCGUAAUGUCAAGGUAAAUACAUUUUCUUUGAUGGAAAAUUUCAUGUGUAUCUACUUUCGGAAAAUUACAAAAUUUUUUGGACUUACUGAGUUGCUCUUGUUUCCUUAUCAGAUAACCAAUGAUGUAGCAGUUGAAUUCGCAAAACAGUUAGCUCUUCAAGAGGGCCUUCUGGUGGGUAUUUCUUCAGGAGGAGCAGCAGCUGCUGCUAUUCAGGUUGCAAAGAGACCUGAAAAUACCGGAAAGCUUAUAGCGGUCAUUUUUCCUAGUUUUGGGGAGAGAUACUUAUCAACGGAUCUCUACCAGUCCCUAUGGGAAGAAGUUGAGAAGAUGCAACCUGAAGCGUGA